GCAUGGCCAAAGGCUUACGAUCCGGCUCUUUAGCCUUGCGCAAGCUUGGGGAGAAGGACGAAGAUGCUGAUCACGUAGCCCGCUACUCCGUGUGGGCUGGGCUGGCAUGGCCACAGAAAGGUGCCACCCCUGGUGUGGCCACAGCCGCAAACACUCUAAUGCAGAUGAUGGCAGCCCUGGGCACACUGCAGCAAAGGUUCGACCAGCUCUACGCAAGCUUCCAAGAAAUGGAGACAGGAGGCAUCAUGGCUUCCGCCUUCAAUGGAGAGCAGCCUGAAGCCGCAGAAGCCGCCGCCAGCGCUUCCACCGACAUUGCAAAGGCAGCGGAGUGCUGCGAAGCAGCGCUGAGGCGACUGCCGUCUUCUACGGUCUGGGUGGAGCUCCCAGAUCCCGUUGCGACAGCAGGGGCACUGGAAGAGUCUGCAAAAGCUCUGGAGAAAGGCCAAGCACAACUCGCAGAGCUUGAAGCGCUGGAAGUGGUGGCUCUCAAUCGGAUCAACGCUUUGGCGUCAACAAAGCAAUCAACGCCCAACGCGGUCCUCUUAGGCCGCCUGGCACUCACCCAAGGGACUUGCAGCACAGAACCUUGCUGCAAGCUACUGGGGGACACCCGCAUUUGGAGCGAGGUCCGAAGCCUGUUCAAAGGGCUCAGAGGUACCCGGCAGAUGGGCGCCGAAGCCGCUUCAGUGCUCAGCGAAGUGUUCCACAUUUUUGAUGAUCUCAUUGACGGGCUGGCACGCAUUCUGGAAGAGCUGAUCUGCUUGGAGAGCGAGACUGACUCUAUGUGCCCUGCACUGCUGGGCGCUGCCCAGGUACAGCAGGAGUUGUUGGAAUGGAAGCUGACCCUACUUGACAACGCUGAGCUUGACCCUGAACAGCACUGUCGAUUCAUGGAUUUCAUUGAGGUGGUUUUGGCUGUGGGCGAUACAGUGCAGGCAGCCACAGCGCAGCUACGCCGCAGACGGCAAAAAGUCGUGGAAGGCCUCAAGACAUCUAUUGAACUCAAGGCAGCUAUGAUGCCAAGCCCAGAAGAACAGCCAAGAGAGCCGCAGCUUCUUGCGGAAGACUUCCAAGAAGCCAUUUCCGUAGAUUGA